AUGGGUAUAGAGAAUCAUAGACAUUCAGAACGUGUCUGGUUCUAUAAUAUUGGUCUAUAUGGAGAUAACGUAGAUAACUUACAAGUUCGUGGGAGUUACUGGAAAGCUAGAACUCUAUCCUCAAUAAGAGAAAUGUUACACCAUGGAAACACAAUUAUUGACGUGCUGAAGUUCGAUAUUGAGGGUGGCGAAUUCCUAAUAUUUCAUCAACUGAUCAGAAGUGGUAUGCUCAGUGAUAUAAAAGUGAUUGUAUUUGAACUUCACUUAGCACAGAUUAUGGCGUCAAACGACCGAGACAUGGUCUUAAACUGUUACCGAGCUCUUAAGAUGGCCUUUGAACAAAAUGGUUUCAAGCUAUGGAGAUUACAUGAAAAUGAAAUUAUGGCGGAGAAGCACCCUGACUCGCCGUUUCGUUGGGUCGAAUUGUAUUGGGUCAAUAUGAAAUAUAUCAAACAGAAAAACUAA